GGCCUAACUGGGAUAUACUCCAUCAAACUUGGACCCGCAUACAUAAAUCUAGGGUUUUUCAUUUUUCGGGUUCUCCUCGCAUCGAAUCCCUGAAACCUUAAACAGAGAGAUUCGUAUCAGGAGAACCGUGGUUACCAUCUCACGGAGGUCCAAUGGCCGCAAACAAUAAUCCGCCGUCAUCUUUGGAGAAAGAACAGAUCUUUGGAAUGGCAGAAAAGGAGAUGGAGUAUAGGGUCGAGUUGUUCAACAAGCUUACGCAUACAUGUUUUAAUAAGUGCGUCGAGAAAAGAUACAAGGAGUCUGAACUAAAUAUGGGCGAAAAUAGUUGCAUUGAUCGCUGUGUUUCAAAAUAUUGGCAUGUAAGUUGUUGACAUAUUCAGGCAUGGUUUACACUCUACAAGGAUUCCUGAAAUAUGAUAUUGUGAUUCUUUUAUCCUCAUUUUCUAUUAAGCAUG